UCAUGUUGGUGUCAUUUCAUUCUCGAAACUUCCAAAAUUUUUCUGUGUGCGCUUAUAUUUGACGCUGAGAAUUUUCCAUCAUUCACUCGCCGCAGGCAAAUAUUUUCCAUCGAAACUGCAGGCUCAAUCGACGCUGGUGCUCGUUGGAAAAGCGGAAAAGUGUGUGUGUGUUUGGAUAAAAUUUGCGAAAAAAGUGGCGUUAAAAGGGUAGUGGAAAAAAGAUGUCUGUGAUUGGUAUCGAUUUUGGGAAUGAGUCUUGUUAUGUGGCCGCCGCAAAGGCCGGUGGAAUUGAGACUCUGGCCAAUGAUUACAGCUUGAGGGCCACACCAUCCUGCGUCGCAUUUGCUGGCAAAAAGCGAAUACUGGGAGUGGCGGCAAAGAAUCAAAUGGUGACUAAUUUGAAGAAUACAAUUUUUGGCUUCAAGAAACUCCUCGGGCGCAAAUUCAACGAUCCCCAUGUCCAGCAUGAAUUGAAGAAGUUGCCUUUCCGUGCUGAACCCCUACAAAAUAAUGUUAUUGGCAUCCGCGUGAACUAUCUGGACAAGGAGCAUGUCUUUACACCCGAACAACUCCUCGCGAUGCUCUUCACGAAGCUCAAGGUGGACUCCACAAGUGCCCUAGGGGGUGCACAGGUGAAUGAUUGCGUCAUCGCUGUCCCGUGGUACUUUACAAAUGCCGAACGGAAAGCCCUCCUGGAUGCUGCUGCAAUUGCCGGCUUGAAUGUGUUGCGUUUGAUUAAUGAAACAACCGCAACGGCCCUGUCGUAUGGAUUCUACAAGCAAGAUCUCCCAGCUGUGGAGGAGAAAUCACGCUUUGUGGCAUUUGUGGAUUGUGGGCAUGCAUCCCUUCAGGUGUCCAUUUGUGCAUUCAACAAGGGAAAAUUGCGUAUGGUCACGAGUGCGUGUGAACAGUUGGGUGGACGAGAUUUCGAUGAGAUUCUCGCAAAUUAUUUUAGCGAUGAAUUUGGGUCAAAAUACAAAAUUGACCCGCGUACCAAUGCAAGGGCAUACUUGAGACUCCUCACGGAAGUGGAGAAGAUUAAGAAACAAAUGUCUGCUAAUAGUACCGUUUUGCCCUUUAACAUUGAAUGCUUCAUGAAUGACAUGGAUGUGUCGUCGAAUUUGCAAAGAGCCAAAUUCGAGGAGCUCUCUGGGCAUCUACUGAAGCGCAUUGAGGAGACAAUGAGGAAAUGCUUGAAGGAUUCAAAACUCUCAUUGGAUGAAAUUCAUUCGGUGGAAAUUGUCGGUGGUAGCACACGCAUACCGGCAAUUAAGGGGAUAAUUGAGAAGGUAUUUGGCAAACAUGCCAGUACGACGUUGAAUCAGGACGAAGCUGUAUCACGUGGGGCAGCACUGCAGUGCGCAAUAAUGUCACCAGCAGUCCGUGUGCGUGAUUUCAAGGUGCAGGACAUUCAGAAUUAUCCUGUGCACGUGAGUUGGGACGGUGAUCCAAGCAAUGAGAAUCGCAUGGAGGUCUUCCCGGCACUCCAUGCUGCCCCAUUUUCACGUCAACUCACCCUGUACCGUCGUGAACCGUUCUCAAUGGAAAUCUACUAUGGGGAUGUCCCCUAUCCGGAUCCCUACAUUGGCCGAUGGAUUAUUCGGGAUAUUAAACCCAAUGCCCUUGGGGAGUCACAAGAGGUUAAAGUGAAGAUUCGUAUCAAUCAAAAUGGCAUUGUGGGCAUUACGAGUGCAACACUCACGGAGAAGAAGGAUCAAAAUGACGUUACUCCCGAUGGGAAUGUACCGGAGAACACCGAAGGGCAGCAAGAGCAGAAACAGCAGUCGCCGCAGCAGCAGGAAGAAAUGGAUGUUACACCAGAGGAUUGCAGUGACAAUGAGGAUGAGAAGUUUGAUGGGAGAGAGAUUAAAUCGCCAUCGGCAUCAGGACCAGGGUGGGCGCAGCGGGUAAAAGGAUGGUUUACCUCGGACAACAGUGGCGAUGGGAAGAAGGAAAAGAAGAAGUCCGGUGUUAAGCUCGUCGAAUUGCCCAUUGAUGUGCAGACCCAUGGAUUUUCUUCAACAGAUCUUAAUGGAUAUAUUGAGCAGGAGAGUAAAAUGAUCUUCAAUGAUGCAAGUGAGAAGGAGAGGGUGGACGCAAGGAAUGCAUUGGAGGAGUAUGUGUAUGAAAUGCGGGAUAAAUUGCAAGAAGAUGGUCCACUGAGUGGCUAUGUGAUGCAAAUGGAUCGUGAGAAUAUUGUCAAUCAGUUGAAUAAUUUAGAAAAUUGGCUGUACGAAGAGGGGGAGGAUUGUGCGAAGGAUGUUUACAUUAGUAAAUUGUCCAAUUUGCGUUCACACAUUGAUCCCAUUAAAAGUCGCUGUGCUGAGUAUGAGGCCCAACCGGGGGUACUGAAUGAACUUGGGCAUGCCAUUCAGUUGGCACAUAAGGUGAUCAAUGAGUACCGUAGUGGGGAUGCAAAGUACGAUCAUCUCCUUGAGACGGAUAUGUUGAAUAUCAGUGAGACGGCGGAUAAGACAUUUAAAUGGUUGGAGGAGGCACGAGGGAAGUUGGUGGCAACGCCCAAGACGAAGGAUCCACCGGUGAAGAUUGCUGAUAUCCAGCAUGAAUAUCAAACACUCACAACGUGCGUCAAUUCCGUACUUAGUCGACCCAAGCCGAAGCCACCGCAGCAGCAGCCACCGCCGCAGCAACAAAACAAUGGCACGGACGCGGGAAAUCAGGCAAAUCACGAUCAGCAGCAAAAUCACACGGGAACCGAUGAUAAGCAGCAAGCACAACAGCCAAAACAUGCCAACGAGGAUACAAUGGACAUAGAUUAGAUCACCUAAUGAGAGACAGAGAGAGAGAGCGAGAGCGAGAGGAUGCACACACCGAGUGUUUUGAAUAUAGAUUUAAUAAAAAAAAAAAUUGCAGAAUUUGUCUUAAUUCAGAGAGAAAGAAAGAAAAAAAAAGAAUUUCUUGAUUGGAAUGGACAAAAAAAAUAUUUAAAAAGAAAAAAAAGAAUAAUUAUUGAAUUAUUAAUUUAAACAAAAUAAAAAUUGAAAUCUAAUUGUUUCCUAUUAUUCCCCAUAAUUGCAAUUAAUAUAAAAUAAUAUAUAUAUUGCAUUCAUAGAAGAUGAAACAAAAAUCGAAUUUCAUAUAAAAUUGUGAAAGGUCCUGGAAUUUUUGAAUAAAAGAAAAAUAAUUUAAAAAAUUAAAACAAAAAAUAAAAUUAUUUUAUUAUAAUAUGUCUUUACAAAAACAAAAAAAAAAUUAUGAAUGAUUAAUGAAAAAGUUUAUACUUAUUUUGCUUUUGUAUUGCGUGAAAAUACAUUAUUGGUGGAUUUAAAAUUAAAAAAAAAAAUAUUGAUUUUAACAUUUAAUUGCGAAAUUUAAGAAAAAUAAAGCUGAAAAGUUUGAAAAGAAAAUCUCUUUGAUCUACUCAACAAUAUUUAAUGCAUUUUUCUAUAUAAACCAUUAUAAUAUCCCUAAAAUGAGAUUUCUAAAAUCAAAAGAUCCUUCCACCAAAAUGCUUUUCAGGCCUUAAAAGGAUUAGAGGUAUAUUGCUUUUAAAAUAGCUAAAAGGAAGAGAGAGAAAGAGAGAAUUUUUUGAAAGGUUAUUUAAAAAGAAAAAAAAAACAUUUAAAACACAAUUUAGUAUAAAAAAAAAACAAAGAAUGUAGAUAAUAUUGGGCGAAAGAAGAAAGUUAAUUUUAUAUUUGAAUUUGCAAAUUUCUUUUCCUUUAACAUUCAAUGAGAAGAGGGAAGAAAUGUAACAGACUAAUGAUUUUUUUUGCACUAAUAAAAUUUGCUUCAUUCCAUUUUCUUCUAAAAAAAAAACAACAAAAAACAAAAAGUUUCAACGAUAAAAUUUUCAAAAUUUGAUUUAAAAUCCAUGGAAGAAGAAGAAAAAAUGUACCCCCUCCCAAAAAAGGAAAUAUUGCUGUUUGUGCGCGAUAUAUAUAGAUAAAAUUGAAAUAAAAAAAAUGUCCACAAAUUAAAGAAAAAAAAAGAGAAUAGAGAGGAAGAUUUUGAAAAUUAAUUUGUAUUCUCUGUGAACAUUUGAGAAAAAUAAAAGAAGGUGUAAACAUUUACAAA